ACAGGCCCUGUGAGUGUCAGCCGAAAGGAAAUCGUGGUCGAAGCGGCAAACUUCAGUCUCCUUGUUUUCCCUCUCAUCCUUCUCUUGCUCUAAUCUUCUAAAAUGGCACUGCCACCUCCCUUAUCUCAUCGUCUACGAUCGACCUUCUCACCCUCCGUUUUCCUCUUGCCAUCCACUCCCCGAGUACCCCUUGCUUUUCUGUCUUCCAAUGGCUACUUUACUGGUGGCCGCCAAUCGCUCCGCAAUCCCGAUAAAAUCUACCGCCGGCUCGAUUCUUGCCUCGUUGUUCCACCUCCGGCUGGCCGCCGGCCCGUCGCAAUCGUGAAGUUCCUUGGAGGCGCCUUCAUCGGCGCGGCCCCCGAGCUUACCUACAGCUAUCUGAUGGAACUCCUGGCUAAUGAGGGGUUCCUAAUUGUGUCUGUUCCAUAUGGCGUGACUUUCGAUCAUACCACCGUUGCAAGGGAAGUGUACGAGAGGUUUCAUUCGUGCUUGGAUCGAUUGGUUUCUUCUGGAGUACCUGAUUCUAAUCUCACUGGAUCUGAGCUUUGUGAUCUGCCUCUCUGUUCCGUUGGGCAUAGCAACGGAGCUUUGCUUCAGAUGCUUGUUGGGAGCUAUUUUCCUGAAAAGAUACCCAAGGCCAAUGCUGUAAUCUCCUUCAACAACAAACCAGCUUCAGAGGCAGUUCCUUAUUUUGAACAGAUAGGACCUAUUACUAGGCAAUUAAUGCCUUUGGUGGAAGCAUCUCCCAUCUACUCUAUGGCCCGAACUGCCUCAGGAGAUGUUUGGAAAGCCCUACUGGAUAGUGCGGGAGCAUUUGCACAGGAAUUGGACCAGGAAAUCAUGGCAUCUCUUACAAAAUUUGUUGAUCAGCUACCAUCAGUAAUAGGACAGGUAAAUGAAGGCAUAUCAGAAUUCAGGCCUACUCCCCUUGAGAACCGUGAAUUCUUCAAGAAGUCGUACCGAGUACCUCACACGCUUCUGGUCAAGUUCAAUGUUGAUGCCAUUGAUGAAAGUGACGUUCUGGAGGACAUCUUGAGGCCUCGUACUGAGUCCUUUGGCGGGACUUUAGAAAAGAUCACCUUAUCUGGAAAUCAUCUUACCCCAUGCAUACAGGAUGUUAAAUGGCAAGUGGGAUACCAUUACACCCCAGCCGAUGCUCUUGCUCAGAGCUUGAAGUCCCUAUCCCUUAAUGAAAUUAGAGUGCUCGCUAGAACGAUUGCUGAUUGGCUCAAAGGAAGGACAACUGAAAUGCAAUCAUAGUCUGCAAUCGUAUACCUGAUGGUCAAUCAUAGCUCACCAAGUUUAUUAAAGGUAUGUAAACCAUUCAAUCUCUGUAUAUGUCAGUGGCGGCUGCCCUUAGUGUAUUCCUCAAUUUAGAUUUUGUAUGAAAUACAUACAAUUGCUAGAAUAUAGAAGGUAGUUAAGAUCGCUUGAUGUUUAGCCUGCUGCCAAACCCUUCUUUGAUCAUUGUUGUACAUUUUAUUCAUUCAGUGACUGGCUAGUAAAUAUUCAGUUAAGUUUUACAAA